UAGCGCCGAUAUAUAGCCCGACCUCCUACCACUCUACAUCCAAGUUAAAUCCUCGGAAAGAAGCCGCAAUGGCUUCACGACUUGUGCUCGCAUUAGGCGACCUCUUUAUACCAGACCGCGCUGCCGACAUUCCCGCAAAGUUCAAGAAGCUGCUCGCACCAGGAAAAAUAGGCCAGAUUCUCUGCCUUGGAAACAUCACCUCGAAAGAGACCUACGAGUUCCUUCGAGGCAUAGCACCCGACCUACAGAUCGUGAAAGGCGACUUCGACGUCGAUGCGCCCAACCUACCCCUGCAGAAAGUCGUCACACACGGUAGCCUGCGGAUAGGGUUCACACAUGGGCAUACGAUCAUCCCGCCAGGCGAUGGCGACAGCUUAUUGAUUGCUGCGCGGCAAAUGGAUGUCGACAUUCUGCUUUGGGGUGGAACACACAAGUUUGAAGCAUACGAGAUGGAAGGGAAGUUCUUCAUUAACCCAGGAAGUGCGACGGGAGCUAUGACGACCGGAUGGUGGCCCGAGGAGGAGGACCCUACACCGAGCUUUUGCUUGAUGGAUGUCCAAGGAGACGUGCUCGUACUAUACGUUUACCAGCUCCGUAAAGACGCCAAUGGAGCGGAAACCGUGGCAGUAGAGAAGGUGUCUUUCCGAAAAAACGGCGGUGGUGUAUCAUAGACAGCGGGGACGAAGUUUGUCCUCCCAUAAUACUUCGUACAGACAGUAGCUCACACUAGCAAAUACCAUGAAACAUCAGCUCUCACGAAAGAUGCAUGCCUUACGCUUGAUCACGUCCAUAUCUUUCGACAUAUCCCUUGUACCUUACCUCGCUCGGCCAGGAGUUACGAACCAUGGUCACGCGUUCAUGUAUCCUGCCAUAACCUCCCAAAAGAACGAAAUGCAGAAUGCAGUGACACGGAGGCUUGCAC